AUCACAUCAUCAGUCUCCUCAAGAUCUCCGAACAUCGUGCUACAAUAAAAGCUUUUGCCGAGGAACCAGCGGCAAGUGACGAGGGACCACCGGCACUCGAAGCAGGAAGACACGCUUAUUCCGCGAUACCUCAUUAAAAUGACGCGUGAUAAACUUUUUGCCGUGUUGCUUCUCGGUCUACUGGCGAUAGCGUUGAGUCUGCCUCAGCAACCGAAAUCCAAGAGGCCUACUCCGGUAUUCAAGGUAUCUAAAACUGGCGGCUUGCGUCUUCCUGACAACGCGACGCUCAUUCGCGAGAAUAUCGUCGACACGUUUUCGUGCCAGGACAGAAUUUACGGUUAUUACGCCGAUAUGGAGAACGAGUGCCAACUAUUUCACGUGUGUAUGCCGCAAACGAGGGGCUCAAUUAGAUGGAGCUUCAUUUGCCCAGCCGAGACAGUUUUCAAUCAGGCGACAUUCGUAUGCACGCACACGGAAAACUCGAUACCAUGCGAGGAAUCGGAAAAAUAUUACGCUCUGAACGAGGACAUUGGAAAGGAAGUGGAAGAGGAGGAGGAGGCGGAUCAAGAUCGAGGGAAGAAAAAUGCGACGAAGAUUUUGGAACCUGAAGUGGAAACGUUGUCGAAAAAGACAUCCUCGAAAAGUUCGAGAAUGCUAAGGCUUCGUUAAGAAAAGUAUAUUUCUCUCGCGGCUCUAUUUAAAAGGGAUCGCUAUAUAAAAUGUGGUGAUUAUUACGGUUAGCCAAUCUCGGUUGAAGUAUAAAAGAAAUUUUAACUUGCCUCGCAAAGUUGACUACGCUCAUUUACUGUUUAAGGUAAUCGCUUACAGAUCGCUUAUAAACUUGCCUUGCAAGAGCCUUCAUAAUGGCAUAUCGUACGUAGAGUCAAAAUUUAAAUUAUUGUUACACGUACUGUGUAAAAUAUGUCACUUUACAUAAUUACGCAUAUGUGUAAAAUAAAAGUUCUGUGCUAGUGAAAUACAAGUACAACAGAAAGCGUAUAUUAGGUAAUUA